AUGGAGAGCGUGCGCGAGCUCCAAAACCCGCUCUUGGCCAAGGCCAACGGGCACCUUCGCAGCAGCUAUUCUUACCACCAGCGUCCCAGCCAGGAUUACCCCAGUCAUCAUUGCCAAGGGAAACUGUAUUCCUACAUCUUCCAAAACACUGGCGGUGCCAGGACUCACCAGCUGCUGGAUGCCAGUUCCCUGCAGCUGGCUGUUGAAGCCUUGUAUGGCCAAAAUUUCAUCCUCGUGAAGGAUGAGACUGCUCUCAAGGCUAAGGACAGCAAGAUGGAAAGCUGUGAGACCACUUUUACAGAAAGCAGAGAGACUCCGUCCGAAGGUCCUGAUGGGCAUGAGACACAAGGGCCCUGCCUGGUAGAGAGUGACGUCCGCAUCCAAACUGUGUCCUAUGAGGUGGAGGAAGAGGAGCUCCAGGAGUACGAG